AUGUACAUCACCCUCUACUACAUAGUCACCCGGCUCUCUGACUCUCUCCGCGUAGUAAGGGACCACUUCCUCUCAGUUUGCCCCACCACUCUCACCGUUGACCUCCUCGAGAAGGCCCUCCUAGCAGCAGAGAAGAGUAUAGUCGCUGUAGGAGCCUCUCGUGGUGACCCUCGCACCCCCGUCUUUGAGGGGUGUUCUCCCUCCCCCCUCUUGCCCUCUGUUGCCUCUCCUGCUGCGGCGGACCUCGUUGGUUUCGAGUCGGUCGGCGCUGCGUCUGCCCCGAGCGGGAGACGCCGCACCGGCAAGGGCAAGGGGGGCAAGGGCGCUGGAGGGGCUGGCGGGGGCGGUGGAGGUGGUGGUGGAUGCAGUGGAGGUGGAGUGGGGGUGGUGGUGGGAGUGGUGCCGGGGGUGGCGGCAGCGGCGGCAGCAGUGGAGGCGGCGGAGGGGGCGGUGGUGGCGGAGGGAGCGGAGGUGGCGGAGGCGGAGGAGGAGGCGGAGGUGGAGGAGGCGGUGGAGGCGGCGGCGGCGGCGGCGGCGGUGGUGGAGUGGGUCGCGACUCUGCGCAGAGGAGUGGCUCAGGUGGUGGUCCGCGCCAGCAGUAGCAGCGGAGUGGUGGCGGGGGUUGCCGUCUUUGAUCUUGACUAUGAUGCUAUCCUUGCUGCCAUGUAUUCUGUGACUACUAGUGUUGAGGGUGAUUGUUACCUGUGUGUACCGCCUGACCCGGGCAUUGAGGCCACUGCUCUAGGUGCUGGUGAGGCUGCUGCUCUAGGUGCUAGUGCGUCUGCUGCCCCAGGUGCCAGUGCGUCUGCUGUCCUAGGUGCCAGUGCGUCUGUUGCCCCAGGUGCUGGUGAGUCUGCUCUCUCAGGUACUAUGUCGGCUCAGGCCUUCCACACCUUCACCCUUGACUCGGGUGCGUCCCGCUCCUUCUUUCAAGACCGCACCACUCUUACGCCGCUCAGUCGGCCGGUUGCAGUCUCCCUGGCAGAUCCCUCUGGGGGUCCUGUCCUUGCUAGCUUCUCCACUGUCUUACCGUGCCCGGCAGCCCCCUCUGGCACCCUGUCAAGUCUCUACCUCCCCUCGUUCUCUACGAACUUGGUGUGUCCCAGGUAG